UCUCGUUGCCACGGGGAGACGAGCGAUUGCGAUUACAGGGAGAUUGCCCCAAAGCUAAAGCGAGCUGUGUAGUGCUAAAAUAAGUCAAGAAAAUACUUAAAGGCUAAAUUAUACGAGUAGUUAAUUUUUAAUAAUUUAUGACGGCAACAGAAAAUACUCUGGAUCCAAAAGCAGCAAAAACAAUCCGACAUGAAUGUUUUCGACGGGCAUCCUCUCAUUUUGAACUUGGUUAUUCAAAGAUAUGAAGGUGAAACUUCAGAAGACCAACCGAGUGGAGAAGGAGUGGCAUUUUUUGUCGGAGGUCACGUGUAUAAGGGUAUGUUUUCCAAGGGACUAAUGGAUGGACACGGUGUAUUCACAUGGGCAGGUGGAUUAAAAUAUGAGGGGAGUUUUGUCAACAACACGAUGACGGGCCUUGGUACAUACACUUGGCCUGAUGGGAGCACAUACGAAGGAGAGGUUCAUUAUAGCAUAAGACAUGGGACUGGAUCAUACAACUGUUCCAGAAAUGGUGUGUUGUACAAAGGCCAGUGGGACCAAGGCAAAAGACAUGGAAAGGGUACCAUUUACUACAACAAAGAUAAGACCAAUUGGUACAAAGGGGACUGGGUAAUGAACAAGAUUGAGGGACGUGGAGUGAGAAGGUAUUCCUCUGGUAAUACUUACGAAGGUGAGUGGAGGAACAACCUAAGACAUGGAGAGGGGACAAUGAAAUGGCUUCUGCAUGAACAACAGUAUGAGGGAACAUGGUGUAAUGGAGUACAACAUGGGCAUGGCAAACACACAUGGAUCCUAAAGCGAGAAGAUGGGACUCGAUAUUUCCAAAGUAACCAGUAUAUUGGGGAUUUUGUAUGUGGCCAGAGACAUGGACAAGGAACAUUUUACUACGCAGAUGGUGCAGUGUAUGAGGGAGAGUGGAGAAACAACAAAAAGCAUGGAACAGGAAAAUUUACCUUUAAAAAUGGUAAGGUUUUCCACCGCGAGUUUGUGAAUGAUCAGAUGAUACAGUUAAUAAAUGACAGACCUCUUCCAUUUCUAGCCUUUGAUAGGUCAUCUCUGCUAGGGCCAGACAUGACCUUAAACAUCGAUGUACUUCUGAACAGCAUCCCUGAGAAAAAACGCAAUGCAGAACUCAAAGCAGUGGAGUUCGCAGUGUUGAGGCAAAGCACUGAACUGAGAUCCAUCUACAGUUUCUACAGCCGACUUGGACAUGCUCGCUCCCCAGACAACACCUUCAUGUUGUCCCGCAUGCAGCUGUGGCGUUUGCUCAAAGACUGCAAAGUCCAUCACCACAAUAUCACUCUGAGCCACACUGACUUUCUGAUCAGAGGUGCUUUAGAGGGUGUCCCUUUAACAGAGGUUCAUUCACCUUUCACUAAGAUGCUGUUUUGCAAGCUCCUUUCCUGCCUAGUGGUCAUUGCUUAUCAUACUUAUCAUAAGGACAUGGUUUCACAAAAGGAUCUUCUAGCAGCUUGCUUUUCCAAACUGAUGACAAACAACAUCCUACCUAAUGCAAAACAUGUAAAAGGUUUUUUGUUUAGGUAUCAGGAGCACACAAAAGUUGCCAUGAGAUACUGUGGGAAGAGCUGGGAGAUCUACCAGGCUUUCUGCACACUUAAAGCCCCCACACGAGAAGACAAGACAAUGACAUAUCAAGACCUGCUGUUCAUGUUUAAGGAAUUUCAUUUGCUUGACCACAGACUUACUGCCUCCAUGUUCUUGAAAGUCAUUUCUGAAGAGAGUCCUGACCCUAGCAACACUUCCUCUUUGUUAAACCUAGAGAUUACAUUUCUGGAGUUUUUUGAUGCAGUACUAGGCUGUGCUGAGGUCAAAUGCCAAUUGGGUCAUGAUGAAAUAGAUCAAGAGUUAACCUCACAGAGUUCUGUGGAGGCCUCAGAAGAUUCAUAUGUGACCUCAACCUCUCAUACUGAAAUUACGAGUGAUCUUAAACAAGAGUCCAAAGAAGAAAAGGGUGGAGUGAGAGGAUUGUCAGACCUCAAACAACAGAAUCAAAAAGUCUGGGAGCAGAAUAUCCAUCAUUUCUUUGACCAAGUUUUCUUUAAUGCAUUUAAGAAGCAUCAGUUUGUGAAAAAAACUAUCAAGCAGAAGAAUCUCAGCCUCAAAGCACAAGCACAAGCAGUUCUGAAAAAAAAAAAAACCUCAUGCCUCAUGUAUCACCAUU